GGCCGCAUUCAGAAAUCAAGCAUCCUAUGGCUGAUUAUGGGUGUGAAUUCAUAUGUGUCUGCAACAAAAUGAAGUGUCGGCACUGUCUUCUUCAUGACGUUUUGGAAUCUGGUUCUGUGGACAGUUUUAUACACAUGAAAUGGGAGCUUGUACGUAGGCGGCUCUCACUGAGGCUACUUCUUAGCAGAGGAAAAUGCAUGGGAUUUCGUGGUGACAUUCAUGAAGCACAUGAAGUAUUUUUGCAAAGUAUAUCAUUUCUGGUCAGCAGAAAUCCAUUCUGUCUGAAGCACUCUUCCAAUUUCUUGCUCGACUUAUUUGAGAAAGAUGUCCCAGGAGAUGUCCUAGCAGUUGAACAUGCAGCAACACUUUAUAACAUCUGCUGGUUCAGUUUGAAAAGCUACCCUUGCAAGGGUACCAGGUAUACUUAA